GACUAUCGAUUUUUAUUUAUCUCGUCCAUACGACAAAUAAUAUAAUUGAAUAAUUUUUUUUCAAAACAAAUGAAAACUUUGACGAUAUGGGAUCUAAACCAAAUCCUGUUAUUGAAAUAUUUGUGUAAAUUAAUUUAGGACCAAUUAUGUUUAACGUACCGAUUCGGUAUAAAGAGGAUGCACAGAAGCAAAAUGUAUAUUAUUCUAAAGUAUUAAAUGGAGAACAACCAGUCGUUGGAAACAGAUUUUCGACAACAUAUGCAUGGUCUAGAAGUAAUACGAUUCGAAAGAUUGGUGUAAUAUUUCUCGUGAUCUGCUUUCUUUUGUAUAUUCUUUGGGGUACGUUUACUACAAACGUGUCGGAUCACUCUGUGAACACUCCGUCAGAUGAGUCAGUACGUAGUCGGGUCAAUGAAUCACAACUGGUUUGCAGCGAAGUAUUUACGGAUAAUCGUGUGUAUAUUCAAAACCGGCCUCUGGGCGACUACGAAUCCUUGCCUAUAAUAUAUUUUGUUACACCAACAUAUCCACGCCGGGAACAGGUACCUGAACUCCUUCGGUUGGCGUACACGCUUUUACAUGUUCCACGCAUUCAUUGGAUACUUGCAAAUGAUCACGAUGAGUGCAAUGGUUAUCUUGAUGGUUUACUCAUCGAAUUAGGUUUGCCGUUUACGCACUUAGCGAGUCCUAUGCCUGAGUUCUACCGCAGAAAAAAACCAUUGCCACGUGGUGUGGCAAAUCGCAGAGCAGCAAUUCACUGGUUACGACAGCGGAGUAUCACGAAUGGGAUUCUGUAUUUUGGUGAUGAUGACAAUACAUAUGAUUUGAAAUUAUUUUCUGAAAUACGAAGCACACAACGUGUUUCCAUGUUUCCAGUGGGCUUAAUUGAAGAGUAUUCCGUUAGUGGACCAGUUGUUCGAAGCGGUAAAGUAGUUGGAUUUCUCGAUUCUUGGGUAGCGGAAAGGCGAUGGCCAGUAGAUAUGGCCGGCUUUGCAACAAAUCUGGCAUAUAUGGCCGAACACCCGAACGCUAGCAUGCCUUACAAACCGGGUUACGAAGAGGAUCUUUUUUUACGUAGCAUUAGGUUGGAAUUGAGUGUAAUUGAACCAAAAGCACGUAAUUGCACUGAAAUACUUGUUUGGCAUACGCAAACGAAAAGCCGUGAGCGCAGCACUCUAAGAAUCAAUAGCAAAUAUCUCGAUAAUCGUUCUAAUCUUGGCUCUCUUAUGAAAUCAUUGGAAGUAAUGGGCGUUGCAAAUGUCUCAGAUAACGAAGGCCAAAAUGCUGUUAUAAGCAGGAAUGGGAAGACAAAACCAAUAAGUUAUUUUUUAAUUUGAAUUUUAGUUUACGUAGAUCUUUGAACCAUAUGUGUCUGUGUAUAAGGGUCCCUGAGCUCAAAUACUCAAUAAAAUUGUAAGGAAUAUAUAAGUAUUUAUUUCAUUUCAAUAAAAUUAUAAUCAAUUGGAAAUAGAAGUAUAUUCAGGAGCCGGUAAAUUAAUACAUCCUGAAUAAAAUAAUUCUAAUGUCUAUCUUAAAAUUCAAAGAUAUAAAAUUAGUUAAAAGGGUUAUCAUAGUGUUAAACGAAAGUACAAAAUAUAAUAUUUAUAGCUUGUUUCGGCAAUAUUGUGUCUCAGACUAUAAUAUCUAGCAUCAGCAGACAAAAACGGAUCAUAAUGUAUGCAGUGCAUCCGCUAACAAACAGUUCCCUUGCUACAAAACUGGACAUCAGGGAUACCAAAGGGAAUUUGUGAUUCUAAAACCCAAACCUCGUGCAGCCGAAUUGCACGUCAUAAUAAAAUUAUAAAAAAAUCUCGGUUUAUUUUGUUAAUUGGCGCCAAACGCGGGGCAAUUGGAGCAAAAAUAUGUUUGACAGCUAUUCAAGAAAAAACGUGAGAAAAACCCAAAAAUUUUAAACUCAUAAAUUGUCAGUCAAAUAUUAUUGGAGAACAAUAUAUAAAAAAAAAUAUUUAAAUUAAAUACCGGAUGUAUUAAGGACAAAGUUGAUCAGUAAAAUGAGGAGCUAACCCACAACCUUUUUUAAAUUGAUUGAAUUUGCAGAUUAAAAUUGAUUGAAAAGUGCUAUUUUAUGUACAGAUAAGCUUCUCAUUUUGCUUGUAUGCUAGUUCGUAAGAGAGUAUAACUUAUUGUAAAAAGUAUGAAAUAAAACAGAGCGUUAUGAGCGAUUGAGGUGAA